UUUCCCUGGCUUCAUGUGUUGAGAACGUCAAGACCCAGUACUUACACCUCCAUUACCAGUAGCAAACUGUCAGGAACCGUGUCCUCAUUCUCAACUCAAUGACGUGGGCCCGCAAAGCCUGAUAGCACUCCAUAAAUAGCUACAUACACCCUAGGUGCACGCCGCUUCGCAGGAAGGCCUGUGGUCUGGGUGGACUCCUCAACCAUGCUUGGCGUAACAGGUGGUCGACGACCUCCCUCCACAUGGCUGUUACCAAGCCGGAGGUUUCCGGAGCGGUUGGAGGCGGCCUGGGGGCAGGUUUCGGAGCGCAGCAUCGCCCUAGCAGGCGGGGACCCUCUACGGGUGACACGUGACGCCUUCCUAACGGCGUUCCUAGACACCAUGCAGGGCCUCACGGAUAAGGAGGUCGACUAUGUACGACAGGUGACUCUUGUCGUAAUCCAACAGAUGCGCGGCAGUAACCUUUUCUUCGGAGACCUGGACUACUUGAAGGUGUCACUGCUGCAGGGCCGUGUCCCCCCCGCCGAGCUGGACCCGCAGCCCGCCUCCCUCACCGCCUCCCUCUUCUCCACCUGCACGGCAACCCGGGGAACCAAAACCCUGGACCUCCUCAAAACCACGGGAGUCAACUGGAAGGUGCCUGCCGGCUUCCUCUCGCGCUACACCGCUGCUAGCUCGGAGGUCCUUCGUCGCGCCGCCAGCCUUGUGGGGGCGCGUCACGACGGCUCGAAGGAGGUGGUGGAGGGGCUGUGGGGGCGGGUGGACGUGGCCACGUUUGUGGAGGCGUGCCGGCAGGUGCUCCCGGGGGGGUUGAGUGCGGAGGAGGAGGAGUAUGUGGCGGCGGUGGCGGCGGAGCAGGUUGUCCCCACUCCGGGUGCUUUCAUCCGCGACCUGCCCUUCCUGGACAAGUGCCUGCUGCAGGGGCGCACACCCACCGCUAUCAAAGGUCCCCAGCUGCUCCCCACCAUCUUCCUAAACAACACCACCACCAGCCCGCUAGGGGGGGACACGGCGGCCUCGCUGCGAGCCACCGGGGGGCGGACCUACUAGCACCGCAGCACCCCUCACGUACGAUGACCUGUACGAUGAUGACGUACCAUGAUGAUGUACUACAUCCACAACACUCACCCUACCUGUCCGCUAGGAAACCGGGGCAAGGAAGUGAGGAUGGAGAUUUGGGGAGGAGCAUGAGGUGGUCGAGGCUGCCGGGCGGUGUAGAGUAGUCGGGUGAGAAGGUGGGUAGAUGCGUUCCUGGUCGGUUUUGGGUGUGGGGCUGGGGGGAGGGGUGUGCCGGUGUGCGACGUCAAUUCAUCACAGAGGCUGGCCGACGGGGGCUAGAGCCACCCAGCAGCGCCAUGACUAGGAGGUGUGGUUGUUGUUGUUGCUGUGGUUGUUGUUGUUGUACAGUUCAUGAGUGCUCUUAGCGAGUGACGACCGCAGCGCUUCGGGGAAGGCAAAGCCCUCUCAUCGCUGUAAAUCUUCAUGCAGUAC